CAGGGAGGGCGAGGGGGAAGGGAAGUCGACGGUCGAGCGGCGGAUGACCAUUGUAAACACAGGCUUCGGAGGACCAAGGUUUCGUUCAUUUAAUAUCCUCCUUUUUUAAGUGAUUUUUCGACAUUAUGGCCAAUUUGGAAGAGGAUCCGAUGCUGCAGGACGACGAUCCUGCCAUGCGCGAAGUAUCGUCCAUGUCGGCUGACGACGUCGUGUCGAGGACGAGGCUGCUGGAGAACGAAAUUCGCAUCAUGCGGCUAGAGCUGACGAGAAUAUCGCAUGAGAUCCAGAGCCAGCGCGAUAAGAUCAGAGAAAACACAGAGAAAAUCAAGGUCAACAAGACGCUGCCUUACCUCGUGUCGAAUGUCAUUGAGAUUUUAGAUGUAGACCCUAACGAAUACGGUGAGGAAGACGGAGCCAACGUGGACCUGGACUCGCAGCGGAAGGGCAAGUGUGCCGUCAUCAAGACCUCCACCAGACAGACUUACUUCUUGCCUGUCAUUGGCCUGGUUGAUGCCGAGACCCUCAAGCCCGGUGACCUUGUGGGUGUCAACAAAGAUUCGUACCUGAUUUUGGAGACGCUCCCGGCAGAGUAUGAUUCGCGAGUAAAGGCCAUGGAGGUCGAUGAGAGGCCCACAGAACAGUACAGCGACAUUGGUGGUUUGGACAAACAGAUCCAGGAGCUGAUUGAGGCUGUUGUCCUGCCUGUCACACACAAGGAGCGUUUUGAAAAUCUAGGCAUCCAGCCACCUAAGGGAGUACUGCUAUAUGGCCCUCCUGGCACUGGAAAGACGCUCUUGGCUCGUGCUUGUGCUGCCCAGACGAAGUCCACCUUCCUGAAGCUGGCCGGCCCGCAGUUGGUGCAGAUGUUCAUCGGUGACGGUGCUAAGUUGGUUAGAGAUGCCUUCGCCCUGGCCAAGGAGAAGGCCCCAGCUAUUAUUUUCAUUGAUGAGUUGGAUGCCAUUGGUACCAAGAGAUUUGACAGUGAAAAGGCUGGUGAUCGAGAAGUACAGAGAACUAUGUUAGAAUUAUUGAAUCAGCUUGAUGGUUUCUCAUCAACAACAGACAUUAAGGUCAUUGCUGCUACCAAUCGUGUUGACAUUCUGGAUCCUGCCUUGCUGAGAUCCGGUCGUUUGGACAGGAAGAUUGAGUUCCCCCACCCCAAUGAGGAGGCCCGUGCCCGCAUCAUGCAGAUUCACUCGCGCAAAAUGAACAUCUCUUCUUGUGUGAACUUUGAGGAGCUGGCCAGGUCGACAGAUGACUUCAAUGGAGCUCAGUGCAAGGCUGUGUGUGUGGAAGCUGGUAUGAUCGCCCUUCGAAGACAAGCGACGACGGUGACCCACGAGGACUUCAUGGAUGCCAUCAUGGAAGUCCAGGCCAAGAAGAAAGCCAAUCUCAAUUACUAUGCUUAAUUUCAUCCAAUGUAGUGACCCUCCUUGUAUAGGAAUUUGUCUGGAAUGUAAUUGAUAUAUUAAAAA